UUCAUUACAGUAAUCAACUUUAAAAUGUUUAGUUGUAAACUGAUCUUCGUAGCCUUUGCUCUUUGCAUUUUGGGUGCCUCAACGCGCCCAAAUCUUAAGCAAACCUUUUCACACGAUAAGAUUGGGUUUGCUAUUCUUAACGAAACCGUUGCACCAGCUCCAGAUGGCUGCUCCAUAACUAGUGUUAGCCAGGUAUCUACUGUUGUUGCUUCCUGUACUACCAUCAAUGUUGGUUCUUUUACGGUUCCUGCUGCCAAUCAGCCUUUGAUCAUGAACUUAAAAACUGGCACCACCAUUACAUUUACUGGUCAACUUACAUUCGCUAAACAUGCUUUUAGUGGAUAUCUAAUUGAAAUUAUUGGUAGCAACGUAAAAGUAAUAGGAUCAAGCACUCAUCUUUUCCACGGCCAAGGUGAACAAUAUUGGGAUGGUAAAGGAGGUGCUGGUACAACCAAGCCAACCUUUAUGUAUCUUAAAGGAACAUCAGGCUCAUCUUUUACUGGAUUAAGUCUUAAAAAUUGUCCAAUGAGGUGUGUUGCUAUUGACAAUUCCAAUGACAUCACAGUUUCUGGAUUCUUGAUCGAUAAUCGUGCAGGAGCACCUGGUACUGCUGCAUCAGGAAAGGAAGGUCAUAAUACUGAUGGAUUUGAUGUGGCGGCCACCCAAUAUUUGUCUCUCAAAAACAACGUGGUAUAUAACCAAGAUGAUUGCAUCGCCAUUAAUAACGGAGCUCAUAUGGUUAUUGAUUCUCUAAAUUGCGAUGGAAGCCAUGGCUUUGACAUUGCUACUGGAAUGUCUACCACUGAUACAUCCAAAAAUAUAGUCAAUAAUAUCACUUUCCAGAACUCCAAAUUGUAUAAUGGGAUGUACGGUCUUCACAUUUUAACUUGCAAUGAUGGUGGUACUGGAUAUGUAAAAAAUAUCGUUUACAAAAACAUCACUUUUAGCGGAGCUUCUGACUAUGGAAUCAUGAUUCAGCAAGACUUCUCCAAUUCUGCUCAAGGCUCAACCGGAAAUCCAACUGGAAAUGUUCCAAUUUCUAAUGUGAAAUACCAAAGCGUUACUGGCGUAAUGAAUGGACAAUAUUCAUAUGCUCUUAGUAUUCGUUGUGCAACUAGUUCCUGUUCCGAUAUUGCAUUCAGCAGUGUAAGCAUCACAAAUGCUAAGUCAGCCAACGAAUGCAGGAACUACACCAUAAGCGGAUGGUGCUAAUAGAAAUGUUUAAUGAUUAUAUAAUUGGAUUUAGAAAUGUGGAUCAGAUAAUAAAAUUCAUUAUUUUACUUUA